UCCAGUUUCACUGUUUAAUAUGAUUACACUGACAUUAACGUCUUAAAAUGCCAGUAAACUACAGACUAGUUCAACAGGAGCUUUCCUUAAAUCCAAAUCUCUCCAUUUUACACUUCAUGGCCAGAACACAACACAGCCGCGGCAUAAGUGUAAAAGUCUCCUCUGUGGAGUAACCCGCCUCGAACAGGGAACAGGAACUCGUGUCUGUAAAACACUCUGAAGUAAAGUCCAGAUAUCUGACUCGACAAUUAGCGGAAGACAUGUAGAUUCACCAGCGUAAAAAACCGAGCUGUCAUGUGUAAAAAUGUCCUCCACUGUUCGAGUAAAGUUGACGCGGAGUUGGUGUGAUGGCGCAGGGGGAAGUCCCUCAGGAAAUCCCCGCACGGCAAUCACCAUUUCCAGCGUCAAAAAACUCUGACCUUCUCAGCUUCUUCUAACACAGCCAUGAGCCCGUCGACACCGACCUGAGGAGAAAUAUCACACAUUCAUGGAGUAAAGUAAAGACAAACCCUGAAAACAGACUCUUCUUUUUUUAAAAACAAAACAAAAACAAAACAAAAAGAAAAAGAGGAAAGAAAGAAGAAAAAAAACGCGGACGUUUAAAGAUGGACGACGACGUUACGAAAUUGCGGAGUUACGCCACUUUGAACACUUUCUAUCACGAAACUCAGCAGGAGAUUGCCAAUUUAGGCACACAGAUAUUAACCCGAGACGGAAUUAUAGCUGAAUUAAAAGCCAGGUUGGUUAAAUAUGAGAGGACGUGUGUGAGAGUUGAGGGAGAAGAACCUUGUGUGGUUGGACCAUCCAAGUCUCUAGUGGAGACCUUGUGUAGAGAGAACAUCAAACUCAACCAGAAGCUUAAAGAGGCUGAAGUGGACUCAGCCCAGAAACUGGAAUCCUGCAAAAGAGAGAUCCAGAGCCUGCAGCAGAAGCUGAGGGAGAAGGAGCAGAUGCUGGAGUGGCCCGAGCACGAGAAGGAGCGCGAGAUCCAGCACCUGCGAGCCAGCCUGGCAGCACGCGACCGGGAGCAGGCCACCCGGGAUGUCCUGUGCAACUCUUUGGCUGACGAGGCAGAGCAGCUCAGAGGGCAGCUGGGAACCACGGUGCGAGUGUGUGAGGAGCUACUGGGGAAGCUGGAGAAGCAGAAGAAACUGCCGGCCAUUGCGGAGCGGAACACCCAGGUCAAUGAGGUGACCCAAUGCUCCGAGUUGGCUCGACUGAACGGCAUCAUCGAUAAGUUACAGGAUGAGAACCAGCAGCUGAAAAACAGAGUGGCAUAUGUGGAAAACCUGAACUCAAAGUGGCAGAAAUAUGACCUGAGCAGGGAGGAGUACGUCAGGGGCUUGUGUCAGAAGCUGAAGGAGUCCAGCGGUGGGACGUCGGCAGGAACCGUGACUCUGUACCAGCAGGAGAUCAACCGUCUCAACGGACUCCUGGAGGAGAAGAUGCUGGAGUGCGACAGGCUGAGCCGAGAGCGAGACGAUCGCGUACAGAGAAACAACGAGCGCAUACAGAUGCUUGAACAGCAGGUCCUGGCUUACGUCGAAGACUUUAAGUCGGAGAGAGCGGACAGGGAACGGGCUCAGAGCAAAAUCCUGGACCUGCAGGACGAAGUGGGGCGUCUGCAGCUGCAAAUCCGAGCGCAGAAUUCCAGAGAAGCCACUCCGACACGGCGGAUCCUCCCCAGCUUAAAGAAAGUAAGCCGUAAGCAGACCGAAACGGUCGAGCCGCUAUUGCGGAACAGUCCGCCGGACUCGAGCGCCAGGCGGCCGAACACUCAGCUCGCAGCGUCUGGCGCAUCCGAGCUGCAGUGCCCGCGAUGCCUCACCAUGUACGAUGAAAAACACACGGACGAGUACCUGAACCACUGGGAGGAGUGCGCCAGACUCUGAACUCCGCACAUUUCACACUCACACGAGACAAGAUGCACUACAGAAACGUCUGGAAGACGUGUCAAAGGUACAAAUAUGGAGCGAGAGAAAACGGACAACAGACCUUUUUGUUCUUGUUGCUUGAACAGAGUUAAAGCCAAGUUGUACGACCUUCACGUCCGGAUGGGAAUAAAUCCUCAGACUGGAACUUUUUUUAAUUUAAUUUAAUUUUUUUUUAAUCAGCCAUUUUAGGGAUUUAUUACAACCCUGGAACAGGAAUUGAAACAGGAACGCUCAGAGAAACUGACCUCUGACUUAAAAUGGGUCAUUCCUGAUUCAUAGAAUCAUCAGUCAUGGGGUCCAAAUAUAUAUAUAUAUAUAUAUAUAUAUAUAUAUAUAUAUAUAUAUAUAUAUAUAUAUAUAUAUAUAUACACACACACACACACACCACAGCACUACUCAAUGCUCCAUUCUGAUUGGUCGAAAGGUGCUGACUAAAUUGAUAUAACAGCAGCUCUGACAGGAAGUUCUGACUGCGAGGCAAAUCACAGGUUUAUAUUAACGUGCUCGCUCUGAGAUGUUAUCGUAACAAAGUUCUCACGUCAUAAAAAACACGCACGAGGAAUAGUUACCCGGACAUUUAUCCAAAGACUCUCGAGCGUCAGAUCUUCGCAAUAGUCAGAGGACGUCGAGCUCGAUCUCUUUUAUCAUCGCAAGCUGCGUACGUUCGACGUAUUAGCCGCAAGCGAGAGGCGAAAAAAAAAGCUAAUCUGGCGAAGGUUCGCCGCUAUAACGUAAGCGUCAACAAGAACUUGUUUCACGGACGUUCCGCAAAAUGAAAACGCAAAUAUAAACGGAUUGAAAAAAUAAAUAAAUAAAUGGAGUUCGUUAAUAAGUUGAGUUGGAAAAUUGCUGUGGUAUAAAAGGAAUAAACCACUCUGUAACGUUAUUGGAAAGUAAUCAGCUUCAUGGUGGGGUCAGAAACUGGACCUCGUCACACCAUCAUGUUGCUGAUUAUUUUCCUAUAACAGCACACACCCAAGUGUUUUAUUUCUUACACAUGUACUGCCAUCUUACUGCAAAUGUAGUGACCUAUCCCUAACUGAUAUAUAUAUAUAUUCCUUUUUUUUUUUUAAAUAUGGGACGCUUAAUUAUAUAAUUAAUAUUUAUAUGUUUUCUAUGUAUAAUUAAAGCCUUUUUUUUUUCUUCUGGCUUGUUGAAUCAACAAACAAUUUUGAACUGAUUUCUCUACCAAGUGCAAAAAGCUCAUUUUAUUUGAGCUUAUUAUUAUUAUUAUUAUUAUUAUUAUUAUUAUUAUUUCUAUAUAGCAGUCAGAUUUCUACAAUCCAGACUCGGUUGCUUGAUAUACCUCAGUGAGUGUCUUUUUGUGGAUUUUUGAACUUACAGCACUUUCAUUUGAACUUUUUUUUUUUUUUUUUUUUUUCCUUCGUGAAAAAUGUACCUAAUGUAAAAUAAUUACAUUGAAUACUUUUUAAAAUAUAUAUUAUACAUAAGCUUUUCAUAAAGGUAAAAGUAUAAAACAUUCAUAUAUUUCACUGUCAUGGUGCUAUUUUAUUAUUUUUUAAAAAUAUUUUGAAUUGAUAUCAUUUUGUGUGGUGUUGUACAGUAUAUUAUGUAAGGAAAUUUGAUAUAUAUACUUAAAGUAAAUUGUGAUUAUUAUAUAAAGUAAGAGUGUAUAGAGCACAGGAAUGGCUUACGGUGUUAUUAAUCGCUUAUGUAAUCUGAAACGCACGUCUUCAAAAACGUGUGCUCAGUGAAGUAAGUGGUAGCGUUGCCGUGCAGCGUUGAUCACUGUCAGACUCGGAGGCGUCGUUUUGACUGUUAGGUACUUGCCAUUUGAUCGCCUCUACAGUCGAAAAACAUUUCAUUCUAGUUCUAAGUAAGAAAGGAAGUUCCCUACAUCCUGGUAAGAUGAGACAUGAAAGCGUCGAGUCUCAGUCUGUGUAACACGACGGCCCACAAUUUCAACAUGUUUGAAGCUAACAUAUCAACAGACAUCAAAUAAUAUCUUCGUGUGUGUGUGUGUGUGGGGGGGGGGGAAUAGGGAACGGAAGAAUAAGGAAGAGAAUGUGACCGUGUCGAAAAGGUUUUUUUUUUUUUUUUUGUAAUAAAAGGUUUUUCAGAAA